GGAGUCAACUUGCACAGAUGAUAUCUCUCAGGAAUUUGGAUAAAAGAUACUGUAUAACACAGAAAUUGAUACUAUAACAGAUUAUUGAGUCACAAGACUACAGGUGACUGUGAAUGAGACAGGCACCAGCCAGGACCUUAACAUGAAGACAUAUCUGCUUUCAGCUCUCUUCAGUGUCUGGAUUAAUCUGAUUAAUGGAAUUAGUAUUCAGCUGAUGCCUGAAUAUCCAGUGGACAAUCAGCCUGUCACUCUCAGUGUCAGUGGGGUCAUUGGUAUCAUUGAAUCUUUCUCCUGGUAUAAAAGUUCAACUGUUGUGAAUUCCUCAUUAAUAUUAACUUACAAUUCAUCUUCUUACACGGAGACACAAGGGCCACAGUAUUUCUCCCGAGCCAGUGGCCUCCCAGAUGGAUCAUUAAGCAUCUCAACCAUUUAUACUACAGACCAGACGUAUUACACCGUGCAGGUAGAGGCAGACAGUUUAACAGUAGACACUAUUUACCUGCGUGUUUAUGUUCCAGUGACUAAACCAGAGAUCACAGCCAGCCUGUGGCCUGAGGAACUGGAAUAUAACCUUACAUGUAGAGAAAACAAUGCAGAGAAGAUCUUAUGGAACAGAAUUGAUGGGCGAUUUCCUUCUGGAGUUAUAUUUAGCAACAAUAAUAGAACUAUGACUAUUCCCAAGUUUAUAAAGUCAGAUGCUGGACAGUAUCAAUGUGAAGUGGAGAAUACAAUCAGCAAAAACAUUAGUGACCUCUACAUGCUGUCCCAAUACUGUGUUUGUACAGAUCCUCCAGCCGAUAACACUGUAGGCAUUUUGGCUGGAAUCAUUUGUGGCACCAUUGCGGGAAUUGCAUUGAUCGCUAGUGUUACAUUUCUACUGUACACAAAAUAUAUCCAUCCAGUGAAACAAGCAAAUACAGGGCAAUUUAAUGACAAACAAGAUCCAUCUGCAACAUACGACACUAUUACUGGUAGAGGAGAGGGGAUGCAGCAUCGGCAACAGCAUCAGCAGGAUCACACCUACUGUGACCUUAAAAUAUAGUGGCAGCAAAAUGGAUAAUGCAACUUAGUGAAUUCUUAAUUUCGCCACACUUUCAGUGCCUAUUUUACCUCUCAGUACCAAUUUAUCUUUUAAAUACCUGAUAAACAUUUUUAAAAA